UCCACCGGAAAAUUGGGAUUGCCGUAUCAACAAACCCUAAUAGAUUAUUUCGUGUGGUCACCUCGUGGUAAGAGACAGCAUACGUUGUCUGAGAAGUACUUGUAUUGGGGACACAGAAUCGAUUGUCCUGGCAAAAACUGCGAGACCUGUGCUGGCUUGGGUCACCAGGAAUCUAGUCUCAGGUGUGCACUUGAAGAAGCCAUGUUUCUUAACAGGACCUUUGUAAUGCCUUCUGGAAUGUGCAUCAAUCCAAUACAUAAUAAGAAAGGUAUACUCAAUCGAUCCGAUAACAAAACUACUCAGGAAGGUUGGGGAGGGAGCUCUUGUGCAAUGGACUCCUUGUAUGAUAUUGACCUCAUAUCUGAGAAGAUACCUGUUAUAUUGGACAACUCCAAAACUUGGCAUAUUGUUCUCUCCACAAGUAUGAGGUUGGAAGAAAGAGGGAUCGCGCAUGUUCGCGGAGUCAGUCGACACAGGCUAACAGAGAGUCACUACUCAAAUCUCUUGAUCAUUAAUCGAACCGCAAGUCCUCUUGCAUGGUUCGUUGAAUGCAAAGAUAGAAGCAAUCGUAGCGCUGUCAUGCUUCCAUAUUCUUUUCUCCCUAAUAUGGCAGCUUCAAAUUUGAGAAACGCCGCAGAGAAGAUAAAAGCACAACUUGGUGAUUAUGAUGCCAUCCACGUUCGUCGAGGGGACAAACUGAAAACCAGAAAAGACAGAUUCGGAGUUGAAAGGAUUCAGUUUCCUCAUUUAGACAGAGAUACUCGCCCGGAGUUCAUCCUUCGUAGGAUAGAGAAGCGGAUCCCACGAGGGAGGACUCUUUUUAUUGGUUCUAAUGAGAGAACUCCUGGGUUUUUUUCUCCUCUCGCCGUCAGGUACAAACUGGCUUAUUCAUCGAAUUUUAGCGAGAUUUUGGAUCCUAUAAUCAAGAAUAAUUACCAGUUAUUCAUGUUGGAGAGACUGGUAAUGAUGGGAGCCAAAACAUACUUCAAAACUUUUAAAGAGUAUGAAACAGAUCUUACCUUAACUGAUGAUCCCAAAAAGAACAAGAACUGGGAAAUACCAGUGUACACCAUGGAUGAAAGAAAAGAAGAAGCGAGCUAAAGUUUCUGCCUAAUCUACUCAAGGUGGUUCCAGACGUAGUAUUAUUACUUCCCAAGUACUUGUAGGUAAAGGCUAAAUCAUUGUAUGUGUAAAUGCAUUAAGAUCUGUGUUUUUGAAUUCUCGAAGUUACUGAUAUGUAAGCUAGUCUUAUCACUUCCCACGUUCUUUUGUAGUCAAGCUAAAAUCAUUUUAUGUGAAAACAAGAAAAGAGUAAAAGAGUUUUUUCGUGCUUCCAAGCAAGUUUUGAGUGAAUGCAUUAAGAUCUGUGUUUUUUUUU